GGAUACGAAACACACACUGCGCUGGAGCUUCACAAGGGAGCGAACGAGGUAAGCUGCCGGCGCCGGCGGGUAAUCCCGAGCAGGCUGCGGGACCCAGCCCGACCUGAGCAUCGAAGUCGCCCGGCAUGUCGCCUCGGCGCCCUGUCCAGCCAGGGCCACUCUCCGCCGGGAGGCGGGACCUGGACGCCGGGUGUCCAUAAGAAUGGAAGCAGUGUCUCUUUGCCAGAUUCCUUAUCGCUGUAUCUCAUGAGUCUACCUGAUCUCAAGGAAGAGCCAUAUUUAAUGAUGACAAGCCUGUCGCCAGUGUAGCAACAAGAAGGAAAAGGACCACAAAUAAAGAAGUAUUUAGAUUUCUAUUCCACGAGGAAGAGAUCUCCGUGAACAGCCCUGCCACGUCACCUUUUCCCAAGAUGAACCGAUACACAACCAUGAGGCAGUUGGGGGACGGCACGUAUGGGAGUGUGCUUAUGGGGAAGAGCAACGAGUCUGGGGAGCUGGUGGCGAUCAAGAGGAUGAAGAGAAAGUUCUAUUCUUGGGAUGAGUGUAUGAACUUGAGAGAAGUUAAGUCCCUGAAGAAACUCAAUCAUGCUAAUGUGAUUAAACUAAAAGAAGUUAUCAGAGAAAAUGACCAUCUUUAUUUUAUAUUUGAAUAUAUGAAAGAAAACCUCUAUCAGCUGAUGAAAGACAGAAACAAACUGUUCCCUGAGUCAGUCAUCAGAAAUAUUAUGUAUCAAAUACUGCAGGGGCUGGCCUUUAUCCAUAAACAUGGCUUUUUUCACAGGGACAUGAAACCGGAAAACUUGCUUUGUAUGGGUCCAGAGCUGGUGAAAAUUGCUGAUUUUGGACUUGCAAGAGAAUUAAGAUCACAGCCGCCAUAUACUGACUAUGUGUCUACCAGAUGGUAUCGUGCUCCUGAAGUUUUACUAAGAUCGUCGGUGUACAGCUCUCCCAUUGAUGUGUGGGCUGUGGGAAGUAUAAUGGCCGAGCUCUAUACCUUUAGACCACUUUUCCCAGGGACAAGUGAGGUUGAUGAAAUCUUUAAAAUUUGCCAAGUGUUAGGGACUCCUAAGAAAAGUGAUUGGCCAGAAGGAUACCAGCUUGCCUCCUCCAUGAAUUUCCGCUUUCCUCAGUGCAUUCCUAUAAACCUGAAAACUCUCAUUCCCAAUGCCAGUACCGAGGCUAUUCAGCUUAUGACAGAAAUGUUGAGCUGGGAUCCAAAGAAACGACCAACUGCAAGCCAGGCAUUGAAGCACCCAUAUUUUCAAGUCGGUCAGGUAUUGGGCCCUUCCGCACACCAUCUGGAUGCAAAGCAAACUUUAAACAAGCAGUUACAGCCACUGGAACGAAAGCCAUCUUUCUCUGAACGGGAUCCUCAGCCUUUGCCAAACAUACUUGAUCAGCCUGCCGGGCAGCCCCAGCCAAAACAGGGCCACCAGCCACUGCAGACCAUUCAGCCACCACAAAACACAGCCAUCCAGCCACCUCCAAAGCAGCAGGGUCACCAGAAACCACCACCAGUGAUGUUUCCAAGUAUUGUCAAAACCAUGCAAACGAAGCCGAUCAACACACUGAGCCAUAAAGGAGCCCGGAGACGCUGGGGCCAGACUGUCUUCAAGUCCGGGGACAGCUGUGAUGACUUUGAGGACUGCGACUUGGGAGCUUCCCAUUCCAAGAAGCCGAGCAUGGGUGCCUUCAAGGAAAAGAAGAAGAAAGAGUCUCCAUUUCGGUUUCCAGAGUCAGGACCGUCAGACUCCACCCACAACAAGGGGGAAAACAGGAGUUUACAUGCAGCUGUUUCCUUAAAGUCCGAUACAGACUUGUCAACUGCUUCAACAGCCAAGCAGUACUAUUUGAAACAAUCAAGAUACCUUCCAGGUGUGAACCCCAAGAAUGUGUCUUUGGUAGCCAGUGGCAAGGAUAUAAACUCACAUGCUUGGAACAAUCAACUGUUUCCCAAGUCAUUGGGAUCCAUGGGGGCGGAUCUUGCUUUCAAGAGGAAUAAUGCAGAAGAAAGCAUAAUUAAACCGAUUGAAAAACUGUCAUGCACUGAAAAGUCUGCUGAGGAGCUAGAGGACCCACAAGGAAACCUUGGAAGCUACACCACUUACAACCAGACAGGAUACAUGCCUUCCUUUCUCAAGAAAGAAGUGGGGUCUGCUGGCCAGAGGAUCCACUUGGCACCUCUUGGUGCAACGGCUUCGGAAUACACCUGGAACACAAAAGCUAGCCGAGGCCAGUUUUCAGGACGAACUUACAAUCCCACAGCAAAAAAUCUCAAUCUUGUGAACCGCACCCAGCCGGUCCCCUCGGUGCACGGGAGGACAGACUGGGUGGCGAAGUACGGAGGCCCCCGGUAGGAGGGGUGGAAACCCUGCAGCAUUGCUCCGCAGAGGACUGUCAAGGCCUGAUCCUGGGAGACGUCUACACAGUCCAUUUCUACUGAGUUCCACAGGAAACACACGACCGUGGGUACCUCCGAGAGCAGAAGUCCGCUCCCAUUUUCUUUCCGGGACAUGCAAUGCGUUCUCUUCACUCGUGGCCCGCAGAGCUGGUGCGGCGCCAUGCUGAGACUUCCGAGCAGGAUUUUACAGAGUAUUGAAUAAACUAUUUGCCAAAGUA